AUGGCCGAGUCGCAGCAGCUACAGGUGCAGGAGGCGGUGGAAGCCAUGGUGAAGGGGCUGGAUUGGGAGAACAUCCGCAAGAUGCAGAGUACCAUGUUCCGAUGCAGUGCCAGCUGCUGUGAGGAUUCCCAGGCCUCUAUGCAGCAGGUUCAUCAGUGCAUUGAGCGUUGCCAUGCACCCUUGGCCCAGGCCCAAGCCCUUGUGACCAGCGAACUAGAGAAAUUCCAGGACUGUCUGACUCAAUGCAUCAUGCACUGCAAUGACAAAGCCAAAGACUCAAUGGAUACUGGGAGCAAGGAGCAGCAGGUGAAGAGGCAGCUAGAGUCCUGUGUGACCAAAUGUGUUGAUGACCACAUGUACCUCAUCCCCACCAUGACCAAGAAGAUGAAAGAUUCCCUGGCAUCUCUUGCAAAAUAA